AUGCUGAAUCUUAAAUUCAAAGUAUCAUAUUGUUCAUAAUUUGUUGAGGAUGAAUGCAUUUUAAAUAAAAAGUGUGCAUUUCACUUAGGAAAAUGCUAAGAAUUUACAAAAUGUGAAGACUUAUUGAAAGAUAAAUGCCUAUCAUCAUCGUAUUGGUGUAUUUCAAAUGGAUAAAUUUGCAUUCCUAAGAAUGAAUGCCAAGAAUAUAUAAAUAAAGUGAGUUGUCAAAAUAAAAAUAUACAUGGGAAAUAUUGUAUAUGGAAAAUAACAAUUGAUGGUCCUAAAUGUUUAAAUGUUGAAAAUUGUGAAGAAUUGCCUUAAAUCUUAAAUACAGACAAUGCUUGCAGAGAAUAAAUUAACAAUUGCACAACAUCUAAUUAAGGUGGAUGUAUGAGAUCAAAAGAUUAUUGUAAUAUGUAUACUUUAGAGGAGUAAUGCUUUUAAACUUAUUAGAAUGUUAAAUGUUUUUGGGAAUAAAAAUUAAAGAAAUGUUUUGAGAAAAAUUGUUCUAAUAAAUAUUUAUAAAUUCAUCAUGAAUGUUAAAAUUUUUUAUCAAAUUGCACCACUGAUGGCACUAGAUGUAUUGAUAAAUCAUCAUGUUAAUAAUAUUAAUAAUAAUAAGGGUGUGUAAUAGAUAAUCUUGGAAAUCCUUGUAUCUUUUAUUAAGGAUAAUGCUAUUAUAAAAAUUGUGAUUAGGCCCCAAUAACAAUAAACUCAAUGCUUUAAUGCUAAUCAUUUGAUAAUGGCAAUUAAGUCUGCGUAUCAAAAAAAAACGGAGGAUGUAAAAACAAACCGAAUUAAUGUGAUUAAUUAGAAACGUAAGAUUCUUGCCUAAUCACUAAUUAAGUAGCUGGCAAAUAUUGUAUAUGGGAUGAAAGAAUAUAACAAUGUAAAGUUAAAGAAUGUAAAGAUGCUCCUCUAAAUUUUGAUCAUAAUUAAUGUAUAUAAUGGCUGGAUGAUUAUUAAUGUAUAAGUGGACAAGGAAAUGGCUGUAUUGAUAAUUUUCAAAAUUGCAAUGACAUUAAGAAUCUAAAAAGUUGUGUGAAAAAUAAAAAUAGGAAGUAAUGUAUUAUUGAAAAUGAUGAAUGUUUUGAAGAAGAAUGUCAGAGUUUUAAAUAUCCUAAAUAAGAUACAGAUAAAAAAUGUUCAGAUAGAUUAAGCAUUUGUACUUACAAUUAUUUAACUAAAAGUUGUAUUAACAAAGUAUGUGAAAAUUUAUCAGAUAAAGAAUGUAAUUAUGAUUUUGAAAUGAAUAAAUGUACAAUUCCGUCUGGCUGUUCACAUAAAAGAUGUGAGUCAGCUUCAUUUUAUUUAAGUUCUUAUGAAGAUUGUUAAAAUUGGGAUAUUAGAUGUACAAUAAAUAUAAUUGUGACAACAAGUAUGAUAUAUAUGAAUGGUUGUAUUACAAAAUAUAUGGAUUGUCACCAAUUUAAAUAUUAACAAUAAUGCACAUCAACAUUACAAGGAAUUCCUUGUUUUUGGAACAAUGAGAUAAAAUUAUGCGAAUUUUAAACUUGCAAUAAUGCUCCUGUCUCAUUAGAUACAAUAUCUUAAUGUUAAGAUUGGGUUAAGUACAACACUUAGAAAUGUGUUAAUAAACAGAAUGGAGGAUGCAUUGAAUAAUUUCCUUAAUGUUUGUAAUUGACUGAAGAAUUGUAAUGUACUCUAGGUUCAUUGAAUAAUUUAUGUUUUUGGAAUACUUAGACAAAUAAGUGUGAAGAUAGGACUUGUAUGAAUGCAAGUACUAACUUAAAAUCUAAUUUAUAAUGUAGAUAAUGGCUAUCAAAUUGUAAAUUAAGUAAGUCUGGAUUAGGAUGUGAAAUUGAUUCUGGAAUAUAUGAUUUAUGUACUGAUGCACCAGAGAUACAAUAGUUUAGUACUCAUGAAGAAUGCUAAGCAUGGAAUCCUAAAUGUACACUUAAAUUAGGAUCUAGUUGUGCAACUAAAUUAAAUUGUGAAAGCUAUUAAACUAACACUGAAUGUUUAACUGAUAUCAAUAAUUAACCAUGUCAGUGGAAUGGAACAAACUGUUAUACAAAGAAGUGCAGUGAUAUUUCAUCUAUUCCCACUACUGCUGAUGAUUGUUCAAACUUUUCUCCUUUAUGUACAAUUUCAACUGAAAUUGUUACAUGCUAAGAUAAGAAACCAAAUUGCAGCGAUUAUAACAAUAAUAUGUCUGAUUGUAAAGUUAAUUCUGCAGGUGAAAAAUGUUCAGUGGACACUUUAACCUCAAGUUCAGGUUCAGGUUCAGGUUCAGGUUCAGACUCAAUCUCAGACUCAGGUUCAGGUUCAGGUUCAGACUCAAUCUCAGACUCAGGUUCAGGUUCAGGUUCAGGUUCAGGUUCAGGUUCAGGUUCAGGUUCAGGUUCAGGUUCAGGUUCAGGUUCAGGUUCAGGUUCAGGUUCAGGUUCAGGUUCAGGUUCAGGUUCAGGUUCAGGUUCAGGUUCAGGUUCAGGUUCAGGUUCAGGUUCAGGUUCAGGUUCAGGUUCAGGUUCAACCUCAAGUUCAGGUUCAGACUCAACCUCAGACUCAGGUUCAGGCUCAGGUUCAACCUCAGACUCAGGCUCAACUUCAACCUCAACCUCAGGCUCAACCUCAGGCUCAAAGUCACAUACAGGUUCACCUACACGUUUAGCUUCUCGUUCAACUUCAUCUUAAACUUAAACUUUAACUUGUGUAGUUGCAAAAUAUUUAACACAAGUUCCAAAUUAUAUUUAUAGUUGUAUCUAUGAAAAUAAGGAUAAAGGAUUCCUAUAUUAAUAUUUUGACCCAUUAAAAACUUGUAUUGAAACUCCUUAAACUUGUGAUUAAGUUCCGAAAGAUUAAUGUGAUAUAAUUGCAACAAUCAACAAUGAGAUAUGCUCUUAUAAUGACACCCAAUGUGCAGUCCUCAGUUAAAUAUCAAAUCCAUUGGAAGAUUGUAGAAUAAAAUAUUCAUAGAAUAGUUAGCGUUAAUGUAAACUUUAUUCGAAAACUUGUGAAUUAGAUUUUAUUCAAAAUAAUCGCUGCACUUUUACUUCUUGCUUAAAUGUUUUACGAAGUUAAUGCGAUUUAAUUACUUUAAACAAUAAUAUUUAAUGCGUUUGGAAUAAUUCCACAUGUCAAGUCAGAACUUGCAAUUACAUCAAUGAAGAACCUCAGUCUGUUGAGUAAUGCAUAUUAUGGUUAGAUUCUUGCUCCUAUGAUUAAACAAAAAAGAGUUGUACCGAUAGGACUUCGUGUUCUUAAGAAACAUCUGAAUUGAUAUGUAACAAAGUAUCAUAUAUCAAUCCAUAGGGGUAAAAAAUAUAUUGCUUUUGGAAUUCAAAUGGUUGUUCUGAUAUUACAUUAUGUUCAUAAAUUUAUAAUCCAACGUCACAUUAAAUGUGUCAAGAAAAAUUGCCAACUUGUACAUCUUAAACAUCCAUCUCAAACACUACUACCUGCAUUGAAAUACCUUCUUUUUGUAAUUAGAUUCAAAAUUAAAAUUAAUGUAUUUAAAAUUCUAAAUUUGAAAGAUGUAUUUGGAGUAAUGAAAAAUGCUUUUAAUUAGUUUGUCAUUUUAGAAUUUUAUUUUCAAACCGUAAUUUAUUUUAAAUUUGCAAAAGCAGACAAUUAUUUUGUGUGUAUAAUCCUUUAAAAUCUCAAUGUGAGGAAAUAAGUUAAUGCUAAUUGAUUCCUAACUAAACAAUUGAUGCUUAGAAUUAAAUAAAUGAAUAAUAUAAUGGUUGUGUUAGAAAUACAAAAUGCUCAUAAGCAACUACAUACUUUCAAUAUAAAUGCGAUUCCUUUCUUUUGUAUAAAAAAUGCCGAGAAAAAGAGUUUAUUUAUAGUUGUUAACCUUAUGCUUAAUUUUGUUAAGAUUACAAAAAGUAAGAAAACUGUAAAUUUGAUUAUCGAUAAAAUAAAUGUUACUGGAAGGCUAAAUUAAAUCAAUGUAUCAAUUUUUUAUGCAAUGAGAUUGAAUAGUUAGUAUAAACCCAUUAAGAUUGCUAAUAAAUAUCUUCAGAUUGUACUAUUAACAUUUAAAAUUCAUAAUAUUCAUGUUAAAAUUUACUUUAAUGCAAUGAAUAUUAAGAUGAAUAUUAAUGUGUUAUCAAUUUAAAUCAUAAGAUAUGUAGUUGGAUAGAUAACAAAUGUAUUUUUGAUAACUGUAGGAAUGCUACUAAAAAUAUGAUUUAUGAUAUUGGAUCAUGUGAGAAUAAUUAUGGUAGUAAUUGCACAAUAAAUGAGGAUAGAUCUGGAUGUAUAAUUAAAUACAAAAUAUGCAAAAAUUACAAUUAAUUCUAAUGUUUAACUCCUGAUCAAAGAAAUUUAUCUGGAUUACUCUGCUUUUGGGAUUAAAUCCAUUAAAUUUGUUCAGAACUAAUUUGUGACUAAGCUCCUUAAAAUUAUAAUUAAUUAUUUGAAUGUUAAUCUUUUCAUUACAAUUGCUAACCUUCUUAAUGUAGAUAAUCGAAAUGUGAAGAUUUUAAAUACAACACAGAUACGAAAUGUUAAUCUGUACUUUCAAAUAGUUAAUGCACUACAAAUGGUUUCUAAUGUAUUUAAAGAAAAUAAUGUGAAAAUGCCAUCUAUUCUUCAGGAUGCACUUACUCAAUUGAUUUUUUAGAUUGUUAAUGGUUAGAAGAGGAAAAUUAAUGUGUUCUCAAAUCCUGUGAUUCUGCGCCUAAUAGCAUUUAAACUCAUUAAUAAUGUUAAUAGUAUUUCCAAGGAUGCACUGCAAAACUGAAUGGAGGUUGUAGUUAACUGAAAACAUGCAAUUCAAUAUCAACCAAAGAAGGAUGUCUAACUGAUUAAUUUAACAUGAACUGUUUAUGGGAUGAGGAUAAGAAAUAAUGUAUUUAUCUAUAGUGUGAUACUAUUUGUGGAGAUGGAAUUGCAGGAUUGAAUGAAGAAUGUGAUGAUGGAAACUUAUUACCUUAUGAUGGGUGUUAUAAAUGUAAAGUAUAAUGUUAAUAUGGAUGUAAUGUUUGUGAGUCUAAAAUGUGUUUGGAGUGCUCCAUUGGUUAUGAAUUAAGUUCAGAUGCUUAAUGUUAUGAAAUUUGUGGGGAUGGUUUAAUUAAUGGAUAGGAAGAAUGCGACGACAUGAAUGAAAUCAAAGAGGAUGGCUGUUUUGGCUGUAGAUUUUAAUGUCAUAAACAAUGUCUUAUAUGCUCUUAAGGUUAAUGCUAACUUUGUUAAAAAGGUUGGGAAUAAUACAAUAAUUAAUGCAAAUCUGUUUGUGGAAAUGGUCAGUUAGUUGGGGAAUAUGAACAAUGUGAUGAUGGAAAUAAUGAUGAUUUUGAUGGUUGUGAUGCUAAUUGUAAGGUUGAAGAAAAUUGGAUUUGUAAUUAAUCAUAAAUUACUGGACUAAGUGAAUGUAUAAAUUAAGUAGCACCAAAAGUGCUCUUUGAGAACCAAUCUUAAAAAAGAGAUAGUGAAUAAAUUAUUAUGAUGUAAUUUAAUUAAUAAAUAAAGUUGAAAAUGCUUUGCAAUUUAGAAGAUUAUAUUAAAAUUAAUGUAACAAAGAAUGUAAACUUUGAUUACACUAUAGUUCCUAUUAAAUAAGCUACACCAACAUUAACUAAUGUUUAAUACAAAAUAUAAAUAUCGUUAUUAGAAUCAGUUGAUGAACCUUUUGCUACUGUUUCAUUUAUAGAAUCAAUUCUUAUUAAUAAUCUCAAUCAAGAGUUAAUUGUGUUAUCUAAAACUAUAAGUUUAGGUAAUCCUUUAAUUUUAUCCCUUGAUGCAAAGAAUCGAUUAGAUAGUGCAAUAUAAUUUAAUGAAAUUAUGAUUUAUGUCUUUAUUGCAUCUUCCACUCUAUCAGUAUUAACAGGGAACUUUGAUUUAUUUUUCAAUAUGCUGGCACUUUUGUAACAAUUGUCUUAUGUAAGAUAUUUAGCUGUGCCAUACCCAAGUCAUCUGGAGCAGUAUUUAAAAGUAUUUAAAAUAAUCUCAUUUUAACCUUUAUAUGAUAAAUUACAGAUUGAUUAUUAUUUCUCCAAAUUGAAUUUUGGUAAAACUCCAUUUAUUUAAUCAAAUAAUCUAAAAUAAGAUGAUCCUGAAUUAAAUAAUGCUUUUUUCCUUGUAAAUGCUAAGAGCUUUUAUUUAACCAUGUUCACUACAUUUACACUGUUUUUAAUUUCAAAAAUAAUCAAAAGGCGUAGCCAUUAUGUCUAUACUAAAUUUUCAUCUUUUAAACACUUUAAAAGACUAAAAAUGUUGUAUAUAAUCUUCAGAAUGAUAAAAUAGUUUUCUGAAAAAACAUCAAAUUACUUUUUCUAUUCAGGAAUGAUAAAAGUUUUUAUAUCGACAUAAUAUUAGUUAAUGUACAGUGCUUAUAUCUAAUGUCCAGAAUAUCAAUUUAAUUUCUAAUUGUAGGAUAUAUUUAUCACUUUUAACUCUUUUAAUGCAUUAAUUGCUAUUAUAAUACCUCACUUAUUUCUAUUUAAAUCAAUUGUAGUUUUACAAAAAUAAUACAAAAUAGCAACUAAAAAUCGAUUUUCAAUAUUUUACGAAAAUGUUAAAUAAACCUAUUGGGCCAGAUACUUCAUUCCCUUUUCAAUGGUAAAAGUUGCCGUUUAUAUGGGGAUUGUUUGUUUUCUGAGUAAUUCCCCAGUUAUAUAGGUUAUAUCAUUAACAAUAUUAUCUAAUUUUUACUUAUAUUAUCUUUUGGUUGCCCAACCAUGUACUUAAAAAUUAGAGAAAAUCAAAAUCAUUGUUAGAGAAAUGACAUUUCUAAUAAUAGUCUCAUCCCUUUUUCCUUACAUAUUAGUUGUGGAUGAUAACAUUAUUAGCUUAUUUGGAUGGAUUCAUAUAGGAUUAUUUUCAUUGAUCAUAGCAUCAAAUAUACUAAUAGAUUUUAUAAAUUAACUAACGCAAUUAUUAAAUAAAUAUUAAUAAAAUAAAUUAAAAAAGAAAAAAUAUUAAGAGACCUUCUCUAAUUGUAAAAGUUUUAUUGUUAUUUCAGAUGUUAAGUUAUAGAAAAACAGAAAGGCAUCUAAAAAAUGA